AUGCCUACCCAACUGAUAAAUAUUCUAAGCAGCAUUCAUGAACUGGCUUGCCAAGUUGGUGACACUGGCGCAUCUACCGUGGCAAUAAAGACACCACACUAUUACGAAGUGGCUGGCUUUAUGAUGAAACCCUCGACGCUGAAGAAGUAUUUUCCCAUACGACCACUGAAGAUCAGUGAACCAUGGACUUACGAUCCUAACCUGGAUAACUGGAGGGAAGAAGACUGUGACCUUUGCAUGAAACAAAUUGGCGUAGGUGACAGCCAGUCUCGAUGUACGCUAUCCGAAAUGUGUUGGAAGAACGCAACAACAACACAAAUGUCGGGGUACAGUUUAGCACAUCAGGUGCUCUAUCUGCUAAUCGGAAUAAACAACGAUUGUGCCGGCAUGAUGGACGCAUAUGUUGCCCGAUUGGAUGGCCAGAUAACACUGAAUGAUAGGCUGGAGCGAUUAUGUAGUCGGGUUGCAAAGGAAAUCAAAUACAUCGAAUCAAUGAAUUACCCUUCAGAACUUCGCGAUUUAUUCAUGGAACAAGUUGGAAUCUGUGGAUACGCGGGGUUUCUCUCCGUUUGCCAACCGAAAUACCUUGAGCAGAUCCUUUCUUGGCAAGCUUCAAAUGGCUGCUUCCACAUAUUCAACAAAGAAGUAAUCGCGCCGGAAAAUUUUGAUCCUAAUCGUUACGGCCACUACCGGCGCAAGCGUUCAGAGCAGGCUCUAUCUGCAGGUCCUGAAGCAUGUCUGUCACAUCGAACGUCAGUGGCUUUGUUCGCACUCUCUUCCUUCAUGACAUUGUACAUGGAAUCCCUUUACGGUGACAGUGAUCCUUUGAAUACCGAGACCU